GAGACCAACUUUAAGGAGCGCCUGGAUCUAGACUAAUUAUUUUGUCUUGCUUUCUUGCUGCAGAUGGGAAGAUUCUGAUGUUUCUCUCUCGAAUUGGAUUUGCCAUUGCCGUUAAAUUUCGGGAGCUUUUGGAUCAUCAUGUUAACUCCUGCAUUUGAGCUAAAGCAGGACCCAUCCUACCUUACUAUUAUCAUCAAAGCACGCUAUGCAAAGGUUUCGGAGACAGAAAUAUUUGUUGAUGGUGCCGAUUUCAAGUUCCAUUCAAAGCCAUAUUUUCUGAGGUUAAAUCUUCCUGGCCGUCUGAUAGAAGAUGGAAAAGAGAAAGCUUCAUAUGAUGUAGAUACAGGAACAUUUACUGUCAGAAUUCCAAAGGAGUCUGAAGGAGAAGAGUUCCAAGGUUUGGAUCUUCUUACUAAACUGUUAGCACCAUCUGGAGAAACUUCAGCUAAAGAACCAUGCAUUGAAGUAAUAGGCAAUGAUGAAGGAAGAGGUGAUGGAGAAGAUGUAGAAGAGGACUUUGAUUGGCAGGUUGAACAGCAGCCAUUUUGUGGAGAUGAGGAGGAUAGGGGGAGACUCGGUGGAAAUGUGACGUAUGGCUUUGCUAACAGGAGAAGUGGUGUCUUCAAGAGAUUGAGGGAUGAGAUCUGUGGAGUGGUAGACAUCGAUGAGGCAGAUAACAUCUCAUUACCAGAGAGAAAGAGAGCUAGGAUGAUGGCAGAGAAGGAGAAAUUUGAUGACAGUCAUUACCUAGCUGACUUGUAUCAAGAUGAUGCAAUCCAACCCCUCCUUCAAUUCAAACCUUCAUGGGUUCAAAACUACAAGAAAAUGAGAGAAAAGAUGGUCUUAGCCGGAGAAACAGCCUCAGGUCAAGACUUCACGUACAAUGUUGGCUUCACAGAAGACGAGAAGGAGUUGAUGGUGAAAUUACCUCGUAAAGAAUUCACCUUGAGUAAUGUAGAAGUUGAUGGUGCGUUGCUUGGAGUAGCAGACAUUCUCUUUGCAUAUGCUUACAAUGUCAGGUCAAAUGAAGGAGAGCAUUCUGUCGAGUCAGCUUGGACUGUGUGUAAGUUAAGCUCGACUCUGUCAUGCCUGGAUUGGUUCCAAACCCCCCGUGAGAUGGCCAUAGCUUGCUGCAGGAGGGCGCUGUGUUUUCCCUUGUACCGAAGCUGGGCGUUGUGUCGCAAGUUGCUCAAGGAUGUGAGGAUGAUACUGAGACUAGGUCGCAAUCAGGUCUUGAAGUGCUUCUUUGAAAUCCACAAACUUCUGUCAAAUGAUGAACCUCGCUACAUUCUCAAUGAUCUGUACAUCUCAGACUAUUGUGUGUGGCUACAAUCAAUUUCAAAUGAAAGACUUGCUGCUCUGGAGCAACAGAUUGGAGAGGCGCAGCUUGAGAAGAAAGACAUUGGUCUUGAUCUUGAUGACCUCGAGGAAGCAGCAUCGGUUGUAGAGGAUGACGAGAUGAGGAGGAAUGGGACAGAGCACCGGGAGGACCAGACACCAGGUCACCAUGGUAACCCAUCUCUUCAAGAACAUUCCAUGGACUCGGAUCAACCGCAGGUGAUUCAUCAAGUGGGUUACCCUGACCUGAUACGGAGAGCCACUCCAGGUCCGGAUGUCGUGACAGCUCAUAUCGUGAGGGCAGCAGAGACGGUUGCCAUGGAAAGGGAUGAUGACAGUGAUGAUAGUGAUGAUGAAGACAAUGUCCAUGUUGCUGAUGGAGGUGUGGUGCAGGAACAUAGCAUGAAGGAGAGUGGAACUUCCAGUCAGAUACCUAAAACUGGUUCUAGUUCUGAUGUAGGAGAAGUAUCGAACCUUAAUCAUUGUUCACCUGACAAUGACUCUGUUAAUAAAGUGAUCAUAGCAAGCACUGAUUGCUCAGAUGAUAGACUAGGUCAAGUCAUGCCUUCAUCAACCAACAGUUUAGACUUACCCCACAGUGGAUCCCCAUCGAGAACUAUGCAUAUAAGGAGAAAAGAUGAACAAGGCAAUGAUAGAGAGGAUGAGGUUGAGGUAGUAGAAACAAUGCAGGACAUGUUGAAUCAUCUCAGUUUAGAUCCAUCCAUUCCAUCAUCAUCAUCAUCGUCGUCGUCAUUGUCGUUGACGUCAUCGGGGCAUAAAUCAUCAAGUAACAAAGAAUGGGCUGAGAAGCCACCCACUAAGUUAGUUGAAAUGUUUGAAGACAAAUGA